AUGUACGAUUAUGACCAGUUGACCGCCUUCCUGGGCGAGUGGGGCCCCUUCCAGCGCCUCGUCUUCUUCCUGCUCAGCGCCAGCAUCAUCCCCAACGGCUUCAACGGCCUCUCCGCCGUGUUCCUGGCCGACACCCCCGAGCACUGGUGCCGGGUGCCGGCCGGCGCCAACCUGAGCGGCGAGUGGCUCAACGCCAGCAUCCCCCUCGAGAGGCGCGGCGGGCAGCAGGUGCCCAGCCGGUGCCGCCGCUACCGCCUGGCGAGCCUGGCCAACUUCUCCGCCCUCGACCUGCGGCCCGGCCGCGACGUCAACCUCAGCCAGGUGGAGCAGGAGGAGUGCCUGGACGGCUGGGAGUACAGCCGCGACCCCUACCUCUCCACCAUCGUCUCCGAGUGGAAUCUUGUGUGUGACAAUGAUUGGAAAUCACCUUUAACUACCUCUUUGUUUUUUGUGGGUGUCUUGGUUGGAUCUUUUAUAUCUGGACUACUCUCAGACAAGUUUGGUAGGAAGAAUGUGUUGUUUGCAACAAUGGGAGUCCAGACUGGCUUUGGCUUCCUCCAGGUCUUCUCAACAAGCUGGGAAAUGUUUUCAGUGCUCUUUCUUAUCGUUGGAAUGGGACAGAUCUCUAAUUACGUGGCUGCAUUUGUGCUUGGCACAGAAAUUCUUGGCAAAUCAGUUCGCAUUAUAUAUUGCACAUUAGGUGUUUGCAUAUUUUAUGCAUUUGGCUACAUGUUGCUGCCGCUGUGUGCUUACUUCAUCAGAGAUUGGCGGACUCUGCUUCUGAUUCUUACUUUACCAGGGCUGCUGUAUGUUCCACUGUGGUGGAUUAUUCCAGAAUCCCCUCGGUGGCUACUCUCUCAAGGAAGGAUUCAGGAGGCAGAAGCCAUCAUUCAGAAGGCUGCAAAAAGGAAUGGUGUUCAAGCUCCAGAUGUCAUAUUUGAUCCUAUUGAGCUGCAAGGUUUGAAUUCCCAGAACCAACAGACAUACAACGUUUUGGACCUAGUGAGGACCCAAAAUAUAAGAUGUAUAACUAUCAUGUCUGUGAUCCUAUGGAUGGUCAUUUCCAUUGGCUACUUUGGCCUUUCUUUGGACACUCCUAACUUGCAUGGAAACAUCUACCUCAAUUGCUUCCUUUCAGCAGUAAUUGAAGUACCAGCGUACACCAUAUCUUGGCUGCUUCUCCAAAAUCUGCCCCGGCGGUAUUCAAUGGCAGGAGUCCUGUUCUUAGGAGGAUGUGUCCUUCUCUUCAUUCAGUUGGUUCCUGAAUACCUCCAUGUGAUAUCCAUUAUCCUGGUGAUGAUUGGAAAGUUUGGGAUCACAGCCGCCUUCUCAAUGGUUUACGUCUAUACUGCUGAGCUCUACCCAACAGUUGUGAGAAACAUGGGAGUGGGGGCUAGUUCGAUGGCCUCCAGACUGGGCAGUAUCCUCUCGCCUUACUUUGUAUAUCUUGGUGCCUAUGAUCGAUUUCUUCCCUACAUCUUAAUGGGAAGUUUAACAGUCUUAACAGGAAUCCUAACUUUGUUUCUCCCGGAAAGCUUUGGCACACCACUUCCAGAGACAAUUGAGCAGAUGCUUAGGGUUAAAGGGUAA